AAAAUACAACGAUAUUACCAACAUUGCAGAAAACACGAUAGUGUUGCUGUGCAGUAGAAGCUUCAUAGGGUGUAUUCAUUCAUCAGACUCUGAAAACCGAAAGAAUUCAGUGUCUACGUGACCCACAUUAGCUUAUGCGGCUUCGACCGCACCGCGACUAUCAUGAAGAGAUUUUUGUUGCAAGAAGAGCGCAUAGGUAACAAUCGGCAGCCAUUUUACUGAUAAUGUUUUCGCCUAAUUAUGAAAGAUUAUUUAGUGUUAUUUAAAUAGAUUAUCGAACUGAAUAAAUAAAACGAAAACGUUUAAUAAUGUGCUUUCUGAAAAAAAAAGUGCUUAUAAGUUGGAAUCCCGUAUUUAAUCUGAAAUCGUGGUGAAAUUCGGGUGACUGAAAAGAGUGUUUGUGACUUGAAAAAGACAAUGUCGGUACAUGGAGACGAUGCAGGUGUCGGCGCGGGAGGCUUGGCGAUCCAAGUCUUCCGCCCUACGUGGGACGAGUUUAAGGAUUUCAAUAAAUACAUACAGCACAUGGAAUCGAAGGGUGCUCAUAAAGCAGGCCUGGCCAAGGUCAUCCCACCACCGGAAUGGGUCCCACGAAGGUCUGGCUACGACUUGGAUGCGCUCAAUGUGACGAUACCGGCGCCUAUAUGUCAAGUGGUCACCGGUAAACAAGGUUUGUUCCAACAAAUUAAUAUUCAGAAGAAAUCUAUGACUGUGAAACAAUUCGCGGUGAUGGCUAACUCAGCCAAGUACUGCACCCCUCGUCACUCCAGCUUUGACGACCUGGAGAGGAAGUACUGGAAAAAUGUGACUUAUGUAGCCCCUAUUUAUGGUGCCGAUGUAAAUGGCAGCAUCACAGAUCCAGACGUCACAGAAUGGAACAUUAAUAGCUUAGGGACAAUUUUAGACUUUGUCAACUCUGACUACGGUAUCGAAAUUGAUGGCGUGAAUACAGCAUACCUGUAUUUUGGCAUGUGGAAAACUACAUUCGCAUGGCAUACUGAAGACAUGGAUCUUUACUCAAUAAAUUACUUGCAUUUUGGUGAACCAAAAACUUGGUAUGCUAUUCCCCCUGAACACGGGAAGCGUUUUGAGAGAAUAGCUGCAGGAUUCUUCCCAACGUCAGCCAAGACUUGCCAGGCAUUCUUGCGACAUAAAAUGACAUUAAUCUCACCACAAAUUCUAAAGCAGUACUCGGUACCAGUGAAUAAGAUAACUCAGGAGGCGGGUGAAAUUAUGAUCACAUUUCCCUAUGGUUAUCAUGCAGGAUUCAAUCAUGGUUUUAAUUGUGCGGAAUCUACAAACUUUGCUGCUCCUCGAUGGGUGGAAUAUGGAAAACGUGCCAUGCAAUGCACUUGUAGUAAUGACAUGGUGAAAAUAUCCAUGGACACCUUUGUCAAACGAUUCCAGCCCGACAGAUAUGAGCUCUGGUUGAAAGGUCAAGAUAUCGGUUGUCACCCGGAACAGCCGGAAAAGAUGGUGCCAGCUCCCCACCCAUCAGGGCAAGACAUACUCUGCAACAAGAAUAACACUGAGCUACCUGAAUCAUUUAUUGAAGCAGAAAUUGAAGGUAUUAAGAAGAAAAAACGCCACCCCCUUCAUUUAAAGAGAGCAAUGGCUAGCAAGAGCAUUUCUGAAGGUGCUAUAGCAGUGUCGAUUCUGGGUCACGAUGUAAUGGAUGAUGAUGAAAUGACAAUGGCUGAAGGGGAUUUGGACAUGAUGACUUCGAUGAAGCGCCCAAAUUUGCCUAUGCAACCUGAUGAUACACAGCUCGAUGUUUUAGAAGAUAUAUGGCUGAAAGGGGAUGAGAUGGAUCCGUCAGAAGCUAGAUUACCGGACACAGGCUACAUAGAUUCUGAUCGGGAUUCAGAUUAUGGUGUCACAAAAAGUGCUCGUAAAGGCACUAAAGGCAGGAAAAAGAGGAAUAUAAAGAAAGAAAAGAACAAAUCUAAAAAGGACGACGAAGGAAAAUCGGAAAGCCCAGAUGACAAAAAACUGGUCAAAACACGUGGAAAGAAAAUUAAAACGAAAAAACUAUCUGAAGAGCAAUUGGAAAACAUGAAUGCUGUGUUGUCUAACUGGGAGUCCCCACCUCACGAGACUGAUGUCAAAAUAAAUACAAUACCACCAGAUCCUUUAACUACUGAACCCACCGCAAGUCAUUCGACAACACCAGCAAUAGUAGAUAACAAGGUACCGAAGAAAAGAAAAAAGGAAAAAUCUAUCAAAGAUGGUGGUGUUAAUGAGAAACCUAAAAAAGAAAAAAUAAAGAAAGAUCCGUCACUUGUCAGUGCUAACAAUAUAAAACCGGGUGAUGUCAAAGAGAAGAAACCACGGAAACCCCGUACUCCGAAGAAAGUUGAUAAUACUGGACAUCCCUUUUUAUCACCCAUCAUGAAUAAAAUACACAAUAAAUUGACAAAGAACAGAAUGACCUUAAAUCCUCAGGCUGGUUUAAAGAUUGCGUCGUCCACUUGUAAUUCGGUUCCUAGUCCAUAUCCAAUCCACACCUAUUCUAGUAGUAGUAAAUCUUUAUUGAAACCGAUCACGGCAACUACAAAACAGCCCAAUCCAAUCUUAAACCCAACAAUUCCAGACGUACCUCGUGUACCGAAAAUAAUGCCACUUAACAAAAACCCGAGUGCUUUUGUGGACGAGUUCCACAAAUUCAUGAACUCUCAGUCUUCUUUGCCAUUACAUCCAGAACCACACAGAAAGACACCUAGAAAAUACAUUAAACCAGAAAAAGUGGUCGUACAAAAAGUUGAUCAUCCAAAGCAAGAUGCUUUUCCGAUGCCAGUUGGUCAGUACAAUGAUUCAAUUUUCGUAAAUAAUCCCAUAGACUAUAGGACGUAUGGGGAAAGACCACAACCCCCUGUGGACAGGAGUGUGUGGAGACAAGACUAUUAUCAGCCGAUGCUACAUGGAGUUCAAACGAUGUACGGGCAAAUGAACUCAAACCAAUACUACAGAAGCCCAUACCAGUCGCCUUGGUACGGUUUUCACAAUAAUCCUGCUUGUCUGAAUGUGUUGACGAAGCAAGAAGCUUCACCAUGCGCCGAAAAGGAGGAAGUCAAAGUAGAGGUAGAACGAUUCAUCGAUCUCGCCAGACAGAUGGAAGCAUUCUUCCUGCAGAAAAGAUUUCUUCUAUCCGCUAUGAAACCUGAACUCUUGGUCAGAGAGGACAAUAAUGAGUUAAAAUGUGAACUGCAGAGGAAAGAAGAGCUACUCCGGAGACAUUAUGAUAAGAUAACACAAUGGCAAAGUCUCUUAGCUGAUUUGCAGGGUCACACCGGCUACAACAAAUGCCAGCAGCAGCAGCAGUCCUCGCAGCAGAGUAUGCAGCAGGCGCCUUCGCCACGCCAGCAACCCUGCAACGUACAGCAAAACGUUCAGACUCAGCAAGCGGUGUCGCCGCGUCAGCAACCCUGCGCCGUGCAACAAAGCGUUCAGGCUCAGCAGAUGGCGGCUGCGGCUGCCGCUCAGCAGGUCGCCCUCCAGCAGCAAGCCGCGCUGCAACAACAGCAGGUACCCCGCCCCCAACUCCCCCCGUACCCGGCUAAUGUCCAGAGACGGUAGUUCAGUAGCUCUCCUCUAGUUGUGUUGUGGGUAGAUUCGGCAUAAAGGACCAUCAAGUGUCAUGACAGUUUUGUAGUUUCCUAAUGUAUCAAAGGAUAGGCUUAAUCGGCUUAACAACACGCUUACUGUGGCUUGUGGUCGGUCGAUGCCCUAAAAUGAGAGGAAGGCUGGGCCGAAAGCAACUUCACUACGUGUGACGUCAUUUGGGGAGUUGAAAAUAAACUAAUCUGAGAAAAUUUUAGUGAAACUUUUGUAAGAACAAAAAAUCCAUUUGAUUUAAUGAUCGUCUUGAUAUAGUGAAGAUUCUUUCUGCUAUUUAACCGACUUUUAAAAAGAAAACAGGACUUUCUAAGUUAGAUUUUAUGUAUGGUCACAGAAAUUUGAGGACCGAUUUUGAAAAUUUUCGUUCGAAAGUGCUUGUGUGAAUUUUAAUAGAUUCACUUCCCUAUUCGAAGUCGGUUUUCAAUUAUUAUUGUAUCGACGGGUGAAAGGGUGUUUAGUUUAAGUGACACUUUUGCAAAUUUUAAAUUUUGGUAAAAAUAUCAUAACAAAAAAAAAAACUUCUUCAACUAUUCGAAUGGAGUAAACUUAAUUAAAGUUCAAUUACAAUUCAACAUACAAAAAACAUCCAAUUGUUGCUCUAAUUAAGCGAAACGUAUCGAUAAUUCACUAACUUUGGUUUGUUUUUUUUGUUUAAUACCCUUAUUUUAUAAUAGAAUCAUAUAAAUGAUUAAGAUUUCACAUUGUUAACUAGGGUACUAUUAUUGGCGCAGUCAAGCGAAGCGUCCAUUAUGGCGUAUGUUAAAGUAGAUGUGAGAAUCUCUAACAAUGUAAUUGUCACUAAAUAAUAAUACAUUUAUCUAAUAUACAUAUAUUUAAAAUAUCAUCCUAUAUUGCAACUGCAAUGAACUUACACUAUUAAUACAAUGUUAAAAAAAACGUGUAAAGACAUACAUAUAUUUUUAUAUCGAUUUUUGCGAUUAAUCUAAGAUAAUUAGAAUACCAAUAACUAGGUAGGAAUGGAGGGUAGCGGUAAGAAACACGCUCUUUGCGCACGAAAAACUGUCCGUAAAGAAGCGACCGAUCAGGGCGGCGACACAGUAGCGAGUGAUGUAAUAUCAAAGAUGGCGACAAAAGUUACUACAGUGCAACCACAAUAUAACGACAAUAAUUUAAAAAAUACCUUCAUAUUGCGAAGAUUUCUCGCGAACAAACUCUUUAUAACGAAUUUUCUGCUAUAAAAAAAGUGUAAAUACCUCUGAUUAACGAUUUUGUCAACCCAAAACCUUUAUAUAACGUUCCCACCAAUAUGUGCCCAGUCUCGGCAGGUUUAAGAAAAAUUGUUACCUACCUGAUUGUUUUUAAAUAGAAAAUACGAGUAAUUUGAUAAAAAUGUGUUAUAAUUCAUUAGGUAGAGGAUGAGUAGGUAAUAUUGAGGUGAAUAAAACUAUUUUAUUUUUACCUCGUUAUAACAAAUGGUAGACCAACCUAACCUCAAUAUAACAAAUCUCAGUUUACCGAAUUACUUCAUAAAACGAAUUUUGACUUGUUCCCUUACGAUUUAUUAUAUCGACGCUUGAAAGGCAAACGUGACUAAGCGACAAUAACUGCUUUAUACAUAAAUGAUAGGCAAUAACCAUAAUCGAUGCGCAAAAAAAAAAAAUAUUUCUAGGUCCAUUAAAAUCAUUUCAAUCCUACAGCUAGAUUCGUUAAAAUAGAUUUUUUUCAGGUAUUUCAACUUUAAAUUAGUCUACUGUAAAGUUCACGCAUUGUCGCUUAGUCACGUUUGCCUUUCAAGCGUCGAUAUUGAAGUUGCACUGUAUUAUCAAAUUAUUCAAGUCAGCACACUCUACUUUGUUCACGAGUGAUAUAUUAAAAUCCUACGCACUUGCGUGCUUAGUGCGAGUUCUUAUCGAGAACGUUAAAAAACUCGCACUAAGCAUAUUGUGGUUCGCUAUUUCGGUGAGUUUUUAACUUGUAAUUUUUUAACUCGCAGCCGGACGCUUUUUCAAUUUGCCUUUCGCUUGAAUUCGUUUUUCUUACGUCUACCCCUUCAUGUUGCUAGGGAAGACGAGUUUUCCAGUUUUAAUAACAAUAAUAGCUUGAGCUAUAAGCUCUGUAAAAAAUUAACAGCCUUUACACAAUUAUAGGGUAAAACCCAGAAACGAUUAGAUAAGAAUUUACAAUAUCCUAGUAUUUUUUGCUUAGUUUAACUGAUAGUUCAUUUUCGUAUAUAAAGGAGGAUCAGUAUUACGUUAUGUGUGUAUAAUAUAUGUAUUAGUUCUCACACUAUCGGAGAAAGGGAGAGGAUUAAUGUUCGAGUAUCCGAGGCCGAAUGAUUGUCGUGGCUUCAAAUAAAAUCCCUUGGUCUCGUUUCGAUUUGUCUAUGGCUUCAGCACGUUCGUUUUUUUUAAAGUAUGUUUCGCUGCUCUAUGAUUUAUUUUUAUGUUUUUUUUCGUUUGACAAAAUAUAUUUUUUAUUUUGCA